ACUAUUGAAACUGGAAACUUUGGUGAAAGUGUGGAAUUCCUCAUUUUUAUUCCACAACUAGGUUCAUAUGAUGGGAAUAAGGCAACGGAAGAUAUGAGCGAUAUGGAAUAGAAGCCAGAUUAACUCCCAAACCGUAUUUUCCUUCAUAUUGCUGGGCUGUGGGUGCUGGCCAUGGCGGAAGGGGUGGAGUGUGCCGGGCAGGUGGACUGGAAGGAGAGGUGCGUGACCCUGGAGAGCCAGCUGCUGAAGUUCAGAGUGCAGGCCAGCAAGAUCCGGGAGCUCCUGGCGGAGAAGAUGCAGCAGCUGGAGAGGCAGGUGCUGGAAGCAGAACGUCGAGCAGAGAAGGCUCACCAGCAGGUCCAGGUGAUGGAGGAGAAGCUGAAGGCAGCAGACGUGCAGACCAGCGAGUCAGAGAACCGUCUCUACCGGAGCUGCCAGGACCUGCAGACACUGGUUCAGGAGAAGGAUGACAUCAUCCAGCAGCUGGAGCAACAGCUGGAGGAGCAGAAGAAAAUGAGACUCCAAGAGGCCAAGAUUGUGGAAGAGAAAGCUGCCAAGAUCAAAGAAUGGGUGACAGUAAAGCUGCAUGAGCUGGAGAUUGAGAACAAGAGUCUGCGAACCACCACACAGCAACAGAGCACACAGAUCCAGGAAUUGCAGAAGCAAAUGCAGGCCACUGAGCAGAAGCAGUGCAGCUCGGCUCCGAAACCUGGGGAGGCCCAGCGCCUCAGCAGCCUGACCUUUGGCUGCUUCCAGGUUCGAGCCAAGAGCCCACAGGUCCAGACCAGGCCAGAACCAGGCCACCGGGCCGUCACCAGCAGGCAGGAGGGCAGUGCUGGCAAAGAAGAGCGAGUAGGAGCAGAGAACAAUGCAAAACAAAACUCCGUCUUAACAUCGGAUGAAGAGGACUGCAGGGCUCAGAGGUCACUCCAGGCCGCCCAGGGCAGCAGAGGGUCAGAGAAAGCCAGUGGUGCCGGCCAGAGGGGAGAGGGAAACUCCUCUCAACAGGGAACUCUGGGUAAUGGCAGCUCUGAGGAGGAAGAAGGGGAAGGGGGCGGCCGGGGGGGCGCUGAGUCUCGCUGCGUCUCCUCUGCGUUUUCCAGCGUGGCGUCUGACGGUGGCAGCAGAGACGGGCUGCGCUUCAGCCGCGCGGGAAGCGAGGCCUACCUCACUGCCUCUGAUGACAGCAGCUCCCUGUUUGACGAUGACAUGCAGCGCACAGACCCUCUGCGGCCCUGCCUGCAAGAGGCGGAGAGGGCCACAGACAGGGGGGUAGGAGAGAAGGCGGGGGGAGAGGGGGACAGCUCCUCAGACGAGCUCAACAAGAGGUUCCAGUCUCAGCGCCUCGAUUCUUCUUCCUCUUCCAGUGAGACCAACACCCCUAGCCCUAUCCUCACACCUGCCCUCACCCCCAAACACCCCACCCCCACCCUGGACAGCAGCUCCCUCUCUCUCCCAAAAUCCCCUGGCAGCACCCAGGCCAAGCUGCCCCCACCCAAGCUCCGGACCCCCAAUGUGUUCAACAUCAGCGUGGCCCUGGCCAAGAAACACCUGAGUCAACCACAGUUCAGCUCGGAGCACCUCUACGGUCGCAGCCGCAACGCAAUCAGCAUGGUGCGUCCUCUCCGGACACAGGAGACGGACCUGGAUCAGGAGCAAGACAUGGAGACAGGCUGCGGUGAGGGCGUCUUUUCAGACAGGUCCACCAGUGUCGAGGAGCUUGAGUCCCCUGGAAGGGCACCAGGCAGCAAGCCGCCAACGCCCCCCCUGCACAGAUUUCCUUCCUGGGAAAGCAGGAUUUAUGCUGUUGCCAAGUCAGGGAUCAGACUGUCUGAAACCUCAUGCACUGACCUUGCCAGCAAAAACUCCAGUCCUGUGUCAUCGUACUCUGCAUCAGCAUUGUACACCUCCCUCAUCUACAAGAACAUGACUACCCCUGUCUACACAACGCUAAAGGGGAAAGCAACCCAGCUGAGCAGCAGCCCAUUCUGUGACGAGUCAUCAUGUUCCGAAGAGGAAGAGAGCUCCCUGUACAGCUCCCGGACCUCUGGCUCGGGCUCCCGAAAGGGCAGCAGUCCUGGAAGCCCCCGUGCUCUCAAGAGAGGCGUGUCCAUGUCAUCGAUGACCUCGGAGAGUGACUAUGCCAUCCCACCUGAUGCCUACUCCACCGACACGGAUUGUUCUGAGCCUGAGCAGAAACUGCCCAAAACCUGCUCCUCCACCAGCGACAACGGCAAGAACGAACCUUUAGAAAAAUCUGGCUACUUGCUUAAGAUGGGUGGCAAAGUAAAGACCUGGAAGAGACGCUGGUUUGUGCUGAAGGGUGGGGAGCUGUUCUACUACAAGUCCCCAAGUGAUGUGAUCAGGAAGCCCCAGGGGCAGGUCGAGCUCAGUGCCUCUAGCAGCAUCGUCCGUGGAGACAGCAAACAGACCAUUCAGAUCAUCACAGAGAAGCGUGUGUAUUACCUGACUGCUGAUUCCCCAAAUAUCCUGGAGGAGUGGAUCAGGGUGCUGCAGAAUGUCCUCCGUGUCCAGGCUGCCAGCCCUCUCUUCACCCACCCUGAGCACCGGCCAGGCAUGAAGGGCCUGCUGACCAAGGUGAAACAUGGAUACUCUAAGCGUGUUUGGUGUGCGCUUAUUGGAAAAACUCUUUACUACUUCCGCAGCCAAGAGGACAAGUUCCCCCUGGGGCAGAUCAGGCUGUGGGAGGCUCGUGUGGAGGAAGUGGACCGCUCACGUGACUCAGAUGAGGAUUACGAGGCCAGUGGCCGAAGCCUGUUGUCCACUCACUACACCAUCGCUGUGCAGCCCAAGGACCAGGGGCCCACGUACCUGCUCAUCGGCUCCCAGCAUGAAAAGGAUACCUGGCUGUAUCACUUGACUGUGGCUGCUGGCAGCACUGUGAAUGAUGUAGGCACUGAGUUUGAGCAGCUGGUGGGAAAACUGCUUAACAUGGAGGGAGAUCCAAGCUCUCAGAUGUGGAGACACCCUACCUUGUGUUUUAGCAAGGAUGGUAUCCCCUCACCCCUCACAACCCUGCCCUCUGAGGCACUGCAGACGGAGGCCAUCAAGCUUUUCAAGACUUGCCAGCUGUUCAUCAAUGUUGCAAUCGAUGCCCCGGCCAUUGAUUAUCAUGUGUCUUUGGCCCAGAGUGCCCUUCAGAUGUGCCUGAUGCACCCUGAGCUGCAGAAUGAGAUCUACUGCCAAUUGGUGAAACAGACUAGGAGGAGGCAGCCCCAGGGCCAGGCAGGGCCACUGCAGGGCUGGCAGCUCCUGGCUCUAUGUGUUGGCCUCUUCCUCCCUCAACAUCCCUUCUUCUGGCUCCUGCAGCUCCACCUGAAGAAGUACAGUGACUCUAGGACUGAGAUCGGGAAGUACGCCAUCUACUGUCAGCGCAGUGUGGAGCGCACACAGCAGAAAGGGCAGCGGGAAGUCCGGCCAUCCCGAAUGGAGAUCCUGUCUAUCCUGCUGAGAAACCCUUACCACCAUUCCCUUCCCUUUAGCAUCCCCGUGCACUUUCUGAAUGGCACCUACCAGGUAGUAGGCUUUGAUGCCUCAACCAUGGUAGAUGAGUUCCUGGCUCAGCUGAACCAGGACACGGGAAUGAGGAAGCCGACGCAGUCAGGAUUCGCCCUGUAUACUGACGAUCCCUCGGGGAAAGAUCUGGAGCACAGCCUGCAAGGCAACAUCAAGAUCUGUGAUAUCAUUUCCAAAUGGGAGCAGGCAUCCAAAGAGCAGCACCCAGGGAAGUCAGAGAAUGCAAGGACUGUGAAGCUCACCUAUAAAAAGAGGCUGUACUUCUCCCUGCAGGCCCGAGGGGAGACAGAGCGCGAGAGGCUGCUCUUGGCCUACCAGACUAACGAGGAGAUUGUGGGCGGGCAGUUCCCCGUCAACAAGGAACUGGCUCUGGAAAUGGCAGCCCUGCUGGCGCAGGUGGAGUUUGGAGACUUUGAGCAGCCAUCCUCAACCCCACCGGGACAGGUCUUGACUCAAUCCAAGUCCAACCAGACUCUGAAACAGGUCCUGGAGAGAUUCUACCCCAAACAUUAUCGGCAGGGCGGCUCUGAGGAACAGCUGAGACAGUUGCGGCAGUGUCUUUCAGCUAGAUGGGGGUCUCUGAGGGGCCGUAGCUCUGCUGACUGCAUCCGUAUCUACCUGACUGUGGCGAGGAAGUGGCCCUUCUUUGGAGCCAAGCUGUUUGCAGCCAAGCCCAUCACUCCCUCCCCAGUCCAGGAUGCUCCUGCGUGGCUGGCAGUGCAUGAAGAUGGGAUCAGCGUGCUGGAAUACAGCUCCAUGAGGCUGCUGGUCUCCUAUAUGCACAGAAAUCUGAUGACCUUUGGGGGCUGCAAAGAUGACUUCAUGUUGGUGGUGGGCCAGAGCAUUGGGAACAGCCCUGCCAAGGACAAACCCACCGAAAAGCAUCUCUUCGCCAUGGAUAAACCCAAGAUCCUUGAGAUGACUCUGCUCAUUGCCAACUACAUCAACAGUGUCCAUCAACAGAAAACCGCUGCCCACCACCUCUCUGCUCCCGCCCUUCUCUCCGCUCAGCCAAUUGGACUCAGGAACAAAGAGCUGGGCAGCCAACCCCAGCUCACCUCCAGCAGACCCAGCAAGGGCCCCACUCUUCUGUGACACACCCACUGCUGUUCGCUGAUGGGAUUGGGAGCAGCUCUGCAGAAGCCUUCACACACACUGGUGGAGCAGCACAGAAGCCACACAAUCUUUCCCUCAGCCAUAGCCACCCAACACUACUAUUUUUAUUUAAUUUGGUUACACUGACCAGAUUUAAACAAAAAAGUAAAAUCUGAGAAAAUGUCUCAGCCAGCGUUCUACCAUGCACAGGAUAAUACUUUUGUAAUUGCUUAUUUUUAAACUAUUAUUUUAUUAACAAUGGUACAAUCCAGUGCUAAAUGUUAUUUUUUUAUAGGUCCUGCACAGGAGAUGAAGCUAAAAGAGGUGAAAGGUGCUGCUUCUCCCAAACAGUUUCAGUGUUUCAGUGUGUUUCAGUGAAAACAGUUUUCAGUGUAAAUGGAGUUGAGCCAAAGGAUUCACAAUGAGAAAAACUGAGAACACAGUUAACUGUUGUGAGCAGUGUUAACACUUGCCUGUUCCAAAUUUACCUGUAUAGAUGUAAUAAUAGAUGUAAAAAUAAUAAUGCACAUUUGAUUAAAAUACUGGAUGUAGUAGAAUAUAUGUGAAGAAGAAAUUUUGAGCUUGCUGUUACUCUGCUGUAAAACAGCUGUAAUGACCCAUAAUGACAGUAAUGACCCGGAAACUGGAAAAUAACUCUGUAUAGUUAUUUCCCCCACCCUUCUCUCCAUUGUCUAACUGCUGGUAUUCUCAGUUGGUCUGCGUUCUUUUGGUUAAAAACUAUAAUAGGGGCUUUUUUAUUAUUGACAAUUUAGGGCACUUUUUUGUAGUUUUAUUGUAUUUUUAGGUUUUCCAAGCUUACUUUGUGCCUUUGUCCCUUUAUCCUAUAGAAAAUGUUAUGGCUCUGUAUUUUGAUUACUUGCUGUCUGCAUGUUUCAGACCAGCUGUAGAAAGGGUUGUAAUUGCAGCAGACUUGCCACUACAGGCUGCUACACAGCCUCUGACAUGUGUAAAUUGCCACAGUAGAGGGGAUUUAGGCAUUUUUUGAGUUUCUCUGCAUGCAGACUUUGGGACAAUUCUAGUAGGGUAAGGGACUGUUACAAGCCAGUGCUGAAAUCCAGGAGCACUCUGGUAUUGAAAUUCUACCCUAAUAUUUCUCUUUUUCACUGAAAAGCAUAAUAGCAACAUGAAGUAAUGCCUGCCAACAUACACCAACAAACACAAAGUAAGCGCUAGCAAACAUCGAAUACCCCUAGCCUUGUGCAUGCCCUUUAUAUACCGAAUGAAAAGCUUAAUUGCCCCCAUCGAAAAUACUGUAUGGAAUUCUAACCUCUUUUUAUCAAUUAACCAAAAAUUGCCUUAUUCACUUCUAGUGUGGCCAUUUACAAGUAUUAAAUGCUAUGUUGUGGUCCAAGUGGUACGUCAGCUGCUACUGCAUCCCUUUCUACAGCUGACCUACGGCACUGUGAUAUAACUAUGAGUCUGAAAACACUCUGGUGUAUGCAACAGUAUAUUUAAGUGGUAAUUGUGAGUUUGAUAACUUGAUAGACUCGUACCUAGCUUUAUCACUUUCUUUUAUGUAUUUAUCUUAAAAAAGAAAACGUGUGAAUGCUUAUAUAAAAUGAAUAUUUUAUUGAUGAUCUU